AUGGUAUCUUUUGAUGUCACGUCCCUCUUUACUUCUAUCCCCCAGGAUCUGGCAAUCGAGACCGUCCAACUACUCCUACGAAACAAAAACGAUGAAACGAAGAAUCGUCUCGGACAUGCCCAAGUCCUUCAGCUCCUAAAGUUCUGUCUCAGGACGUACUUCACGUUUGAUGGAACAAUCUACGAGCAAGUGAAGGGAACACCAAUGGGCUCGCCGAUUUCGGGAUUCAUCGCCGAGGCGGUGCUACAGCGGUUGGAGUCGCUAGUCUUCCAACACCACAGACCGAAAUUCUGGGCUCGGUAUGCGGACGAUACCUUCGUCGUCAUCAGGUGCUAACGUUCAAAGAACGUCUCAACAGCGUCUUCCCGGACAUACAAUUUACGAUGGAGGAGGAAGAGAAUAACCAGCUGGCAUUCCUUGAUGUCCUCGUCUGUCGCAAAGAUUGUGGUGGCCUAAAGACCAAAGUGUUCAGAAAAGCAACGAAUACGACGCAAAUUCUGAACUUCAACAGUAACCACCCAAUCUGCCACAAACGCAGUUGCGUAAGAACGCUAUUUCGGCGUGUUGAGACGCACUGCAGUGAACCGGAAGACAAGGUUGCCGAAUCCCAAUAUCUUCGACGGGUUUUCCGAGAAAACGGUUACCCGCGUAACUUCUUCAGCCAGUGCCUGCGCAAACGAGACGAGCGACAAAAUCGCGCCGACCCCAAAUUCUGGCGAGCGAUCCCCUACAUCAAGAACGUCUCCAAGGCCGUUAGCCGCCUUCUUGCACCACUUGGGAUUGGAGUUGCGCACAGACCGAAGCCACCAUGAGGCGUCAAGUGAUGAGACCAAAAGAUUCACUGCCACGGCAAGAAACAUCUGGAGUCCUUUACCGGAUCUGGUGCAGUUGCGGACAAAGCAACUACGUCGGAGAAACUGGAAGACUGCUCCGGACGCGAAUCGCCGAACACGUGGCAGCUGUACGGAGAAAUGACGCCAACUCUCAGGUCGCGGCCCAUUCGACGAGACCCGGCUACGCAUUCAAGUUCGAUGAGGCCGAAAUUCUCGCGAGAGGGGAUAAUCGAGUGAGCCGCGAGUUGCUUGAGUCAUGGUUCACGGGACCUCAGUCUAUCAACAAGUGCAACGACAUCCCCACUCCAUAUUCUGUCCUGAGGCAUAGACUUGCCAAAGCAAUUGACCACUCGAGGAGCGCGCAAGCACGUGAGCCAGAUGGCCGAGCAAUCAUCACGCCAGCAUCCAAAACGGGUGAUGAGAUGUCAGCAAUUAACAACUUGCAUGCCGGCAAUCAAGCAAUUAGCGCACCAGCGGGCAACAAUCCUUCAUGAAGUGAGCACGGUUGAUUGCUGUAGGUAUGCGGUAGCAUGGCGACCGCAUCCUAUAAAUACUGCGACUUCCUGUACACUAUCCACCCUUUUCUGUAACUGUCUCUGAUAAUGGAUUCAAGAGAGAAUCCGAAACGUCAGGCGAAUAAAGCCAUUGUUCCAGCGAUCGCUUCUUCUUCUGAUCAGACAGUCCUAUAUUAUUUGACCGCAUCGCUUGUUUGAAUGUGACAAAAAGCGACACACCUGUACAACCCGCCUACCUAGCGUGAUCCUCUGUUUUUGUUUGCUGUCUGUUUUCUUAACGUUCAAAAUCUCCAUAUUAUUCAUUGCUCCGUCUUUAUUUGCUGCCUUAAUGCUAUGGUUCGCGAGAACAUUACCAUUUACGACAAGGACAUGUUUCAGUGUCAUCUUUCAACCAAUCUACGUGGUCACUCGAUGAAUCUACGGACAACAAUGACCAGGCUUAAUCUUUGUUGUGCAAUUUUCACGAAAAUGGUAGUGGAGAAAUGGAACGAUCUUCCUCAGUCAAUCCUGGAGGCGACGUCUCUUCAAAUAUUCAAGAAACGCUUGGAUGAUUAUUUGUUUCCCCUGUUUUUUCCCCGACAGUCUGCAUCUGAAUUAAAUGCCUCCCCACACCGCAAGUAUUUUUUUCUGUGACAAUGCUAAUCAAGUGGAUCAAGUACUGUUUAAAUAGCGGAUAUUUUCAUUGUUUGUGUACAGUUAAUUCUAAGGGGCUGACAUAAAAUCAAUAGGGUUUUCAAAAGCUCUGCCUAUUAUCCUUACCAAAUAAACUGAAAAAAGUACCGCCAGACCGACCACCCGACAAAAGCCCAGUCACCUCCCCCAAAGCCCGCAGGCAAAAGGGUAAACCCUCCCUUUCUGAGAAGCCGAGGCAGCGAGAGUAGAGUAAAAUCGAUCAGCACAAGGCUGACCAUCAUGAUAUGCCACUUGGGAUUUCUGGUCGACUAAGGGCAUUUUACGCGUUGACAAUGGAGAGCCGACCAAGUUCAUCGAAACGUCAGAAUCUAAAUAAACUGGUUCCCGUUCGCUUAGCUUUUUUCAAAAUAAGGGAGCUCCAUAGGAGGCCACAAGUUAAGCAACCACAGGUAAGUAGAAUAUUGUUCUUUCGAAUUCGACUGAUCACCGCUUGAGCAUCAAAAAUCAGACAGCCCAGCAAGUGUUAAAACUGCCAGCUCCGGACCAUAAGGAAACCGUGGAGACUAGGAGAAGUCAAAUGCUGAACGUCAUCCACUAGACUGCUCUGGGCGUACUUGGUCGAGCCCGUUGUCGACAUUUCACUACCGCGCACGUGAGGUGUGCGUAUUACUUAGUGUUUCAUGCCUUUCAGUCAGUGAUUGACUUGGCAACCGACUUUGGAGAGAGAUGUGCCAGGCAAAUGCAGGGGUAUGUAACCCAUCUGAGCCCCAGGAUUUGUGAGCUUCAGCUUUAACAUAAUCAGCAAAACAUGGCACUCGAAGCCACGGAGAAAGGCCAACCGGUGUGUGAAGCAUCGUCUUUCCCAUCGUCCCAUCCUCCCCAACUGCCCUCACUGUCCCCGCACGUUCAGCCAGCACAUCGGCCUAUUAGUCCACAUGCACAUUUAUGAAAUGUGUGGUAGGCAAUCACCGGCCGUACUAUGUAGUGGACAGCCAUAAUGGCUACGUCGCGCCUCUCAGUAGCGCCUGCACCUACGUUCUAGCGACAGCUUGCUAUAGCGCGCACGUCUGCCUGGCUUCGAUUUGUCUCGUUGCAAUUCACUAUCUGCGUCGCGCGUGGCUUGUCACUAUCUUCGCGUGGGCUCGGAACCAAUGAACGCAACUCCUAUUGCUGAUUGGUAAGGCAGGCGGGAACAGUCCAGAACAAUAGAGUAAACAAUCUGCAAUGACACUUGCAGCGGCGACCUUCGGUGACACAGGGGUCGUCGCUCUCGCGGAUGCCGCCUGCGCGGCACCGGACGUAUCCUCGUCCGAUUGCCAAAUUUCCCCUUCACUAUUCUGUUCAAAAUAAAAUGUCCUAAACAAAUGUCAUCCUGCUAAUAACAACUUGGGACAUGGCCUGAAGUUGUGGCGUACUGGGCGUACACCAUCAUCGCUUAGCCGCUACAACUACACCAUCACGCCUUCACCCACCGGAAACUGCACCAAACAGCAACAUAACCCGUCGCGAGCACUCAACUGCCACCUCUCACUGAAGUUGAAAGUGUGCUUUUCUGCUCCUUUCCCAUGCGCACCCUCUGCCACAUGCGCGAUUGGAGUGUGGGACUAUCAAGUUAAGUCAAGAGUCCUGCCAUGCAAGGUUGCCGACUGACGCCUCAACUCAGUCCACACAGUCUGUCCAGCUGUGUGUGCUUGUAUUUAGUGGCGGACUGAUGGGCUGCGAGUCAGGCUGCAACGUUUCUUUCCUGUGGCAUUCUCACGCUAGUGAGGAGGGUGUGUGCAUAUGGGUAAUGCCUUCUAGUCGUUGGCUGACUGGUGACCCGACGUUUGAAUAGCGAUGGAACAGGCUAAAUGCGGAAUCGCGUGUGACCCUUCUGGGCCUGAAGGUUUAAAAUCGUAUGCUAUGUCAGGAUCAGCAAAUCAUGGCACUCACAGCCUAGUGUACACUGGUAGUACCUGGUUCCGUCAGUAGAGGCACUUGGACUCCCGAUGGAUAUACAGGUCAUGUGCAUGGUCGCCCUGUGCCCCGUUCUUGUGCUGUUGUUGGUCAAAAUCUUGUUCGGUCACUUGCGAAUCCAUCGCACGGAGACUGGCAAACUAAUACCUUAAACACCAACUUACGCCUGUCGCAGCCUCCUCCACUCUCCACACUGCCCACUUACAUUCAUUCACCGCAUGGGCCUAUUUAGCCACAAGCAUAUCCACGUGAGCGGAAUUGACCGCAGUCCAGACACAUCUGGCGCAUCCAGCACACCCACCAUGCCUAGUCCCGCCCACACUCCACCUCACAGCGCACCAACAACGCCAUCAAACUCGACACAUCUUGCACACCCACCAUGAUCAGCUUAACUCACACCCAGUCGCUGAGUGCGACCACCACCACCACCACCACCACCACCACCACCACCACCACCACCACCAGCUCCACCAUCACCAAAUCUGAUAUCGACACCGCCGACUUCUCAUAUCCAUGAUGUCCCCGUACGUUCAUAUCAAACAUCGGCCUUGCCGGUCACUUAUGAAUCCAUUACACAGAGACUGGCGAACCAGUGCCUGGAGCACCAACCUAUACUCGUCGCAUCCCACUCCACUGUCCACACUGCACUCCCGCACUUAUUCAACGCACGGGCCUUCCAGACUUCAUUUGCGUUCACGAAAACCGCGGUAGCAAACUGCCCUACUGCAUCACACCGUCACGUCCUCCCUUACCAGCGUCUCACCACAUUUCACCAUCAUCCAGCGCAAACAACCAACUGGUCAUUUGCGGUGUGGACCAGGGGGCGUCAGAAGGAGCGCCAAAGUUCGAGCUCAACCGUGCCAUUUACCUACGCCCUCCCCCGACUCCACUCAUCUUGACUUUGCCUAAACACCGGGCAUAGGUGGGGCAGAAGAGAGUGCGGUGGAUGCACUGCAAGUAUAUCAUCACUAAAGACUAUUUCACAUACUGAAGUAGGCAAGAACGGCAGGAUUUAUUGGUGCCAAAAAAAUUCGUGACGGCUCCUGAGCUGCGUCCUGUCGCUUCAUAAGAGAGAUAACGAGUGAGAAGAAUACAACAGAUUUGAAUUCGUGCAGAAAAUCAAUGCAGAAACAGCAAGGUCAGGGUUUCAGUUAAAGCUGGCUAAUCCAUAAAGUUAGUAACUCAAACAUCGUAGGCGAAGAAAGUGAAGAAGGGGGGAACGUUAUAUCUUUAUAUCUUUGUCCUUUAAGGGCGAUGGCAUUUUAAGCACUACAAAACGACGGCUACGUUCCGCCAUUUAAAGGACACACAAUGCAACCGAACAAGUAUUAUGCAGUUCUACUAAGCCACUUCCGAUUCCACGAACAAAGAAUGCCUUGCCAAAGCACGCCACUUCAAAUUGUGUUAAUGAAUUCACAUGCACUUGCGGAUGCAAGUACAUUGGGCGCACGCAAAUGCAGUUGGCAGCCAGGUCUAUUGAGGACCUGCGCAGAUGGUUCCUAAGAAAAGAAUAUAAAAUCCCGCGUUCUUCCAUUACGAAACACCUGGCUUGAUAUUCGUCACUCCGUCGACCCCAAAACUUCCUUCCGAGUACUUGUCCGGGCACGAACAACUCGGACAUUGCGUUACCUGGAGGCGGCCUAUAUGCGACGAGUGAAACCAGAUCUUUGUAAACAAUUGGGACACUUUGUUAACCUUACAUUGCCAUGGUAGCCUCUAAACCCAUGAUUUUCCCUUUCUCCUCUGUUUCUGCUCUUUAAAGUUCCCGCCUUCUUCAAUUUCUUGGCCUACGGUGUUUGAGUUGCUAAAUUUAUGGAUUAGUCAGCUUAAACCAAAACCCUGACCUUGCUGUUUCUGCAUUGAUUUUCUGCACGAAUUCAAAACUGCUGUAUUCUUCUCACUCGUUAUAUCUCUUAUGAAGCGACAGGACGCAGCUGAGUAGCCGUCGCAAAAUUUUUUGGUUCCAAUAAAUCCUGCCCUUCUUGCCUACUUCAGCUUCCUACCGGGGACAAAAUGCUUCAAAUUCUAAUUCACAUACACACGGUCGACAUCGUCAACAGCGAAGGCUGGGCCUUGCUGUCGUUAGCACGGCCUGAACUGUAAAUAUCGGUUGAUGUCAGUGCGUCCGAAAUUGGGUGCCCUAUCCUUCUGUCAUCCUUAAUUUAUCCAAGAUAUACUUAAGCCAUUGAGAGAAAAAGAAACUUUAUUCUUGGAAAGAUUGUAUUUCAGCGCAGUCUUCAACGGUGACAGUGUGCAGAAACUACACCAGAGAAACCGGACAACCGCUCGUAAAGCCAAUGUCUGGACAUGCGGCAGCAAUGCGGAGAAAAAACGCGAGUUCGCGAGUUGCGACACAUCUGACGAGAUCAGGCUACACAUUCAAAUUCCACGCGACCGCAACUGUUGCUAGGGGUCACAGUCGAGUGAGUAGCUAGUUGUUUAAGUCCCGUCUGUUAACAAGAGUAAAGAUUUUCCCCCUUCCGUAUUCGAUGCCGAGACUUGUCCAGGCGAGCAGCGUACAGCUAAACAUAGUUUCCAGUGUCAUGGUCGGUGGGCCAGAUGGUUGAGUAAUUAUUCCACCUAUAUAUAAUAUCCGUUAUGAAAUUUCAGCGAUCAGCAACUCGAGUGUAUACUGUCAAACAAUAAUCACACUAGGUGCGUCGUAUUUGUCGUUUUUCUGAAAACUUUACUCUUUAGGCCACCACAGUCUUUGGGACAUAGGGGAACGUCCAGGAAAUCCAGCUGGUUGCUCUCGUCCUACUCGUCCUCCUCUUCUUCCUCCUCCCCCUUCUUGUUCUUGUUCUUGUUCUUGUUCUUCUUCUUCUUCUUCUUCUUCUUCUUCUCUCCUCCUCCUCCUCCUCCUCCUCCUCCUCCUCCUCCUCCUCCGCUUCCGCUUCCGCUUCUUCCUCCUCCAUCGUGAAUGGUAUGUCCAGGAAGACCGCAUUUAGACGUUCAUUGAAGGUCAUUAGUUGAUCUCAUCCGAUAACGAAGAAGUUAUCAUCCACAUACCGGGAGCAGAACUUCGGUGCGUGAUGUUGGGAAGGGCGAGACAAAUGCGAGGAGCCUGGGAUUAUGAGUCAACAUUGUUGACGUACUUGCUUCCUAUCAGUAGGCAUGCUUUUAUUGGGUUAGGCUGGAAGACCAGCCACUUUAACCGUUGCAGGACCACAUCGGCGAAUUCGGUUCGUGGCCGGGGUAACCUACUCCGGGGAACAUUUUGGCGAUCAAAUGAACUGAACAUUGAAGAAGUGUGUUGUAUCAGAAAUGUUCAUUUUCUACAAGUUCACCAAUUAAAAGGGAACACUAGUUUUAGCAUUCAGUGAUAAUGGUAAAGGAAUUGCAUGAGAUCUGAAUGUAAGCGCUUCAGAGCCGUCAGGUAGAAACGAAGCCCUGAUGUCGGUUAGACAAGAAGCACGUACUGGCACGGGGUCAUUUUCAUGGAUACGACUGCAUGGAUCGUCCCAAACAUUUAUGAUCAAGUGAUCCUAAUCGUAAAGGGCGAGACUCAAUCGCCGGUACAAGAGCUUUAUUAGCCUAACGUUUCGGAUUCCUGCUCAAACUCAUCAUCAGAUACAAAAGCAGAUAGGGGUGGUUCAUGCACAAGGGGUGGCAGUAUUUAUAGGAUGCAGUUAUGCUACGGCAUGCUACCGCAUUCCUAUAAACAUUCACGGCUCGCCCUUCAUCAUAAAUCGUUGCUAUUGGUGUGAUGACUGUUUGAUGGCGGACAUUCGCCUCGUUAAUUGCUGUAAUUACAUCACAUGUGUUGGAUGUUGGUGUAAUAAUUGAUCGACCAUCUUACCCUCCGACCCUGAAGUAGGGAAAAGUGUUCAUUUGUGCGCUCCCGGCGUGGUCAAUUACCUCGCUUUGGCGAAUUCUCAACACCGAGUAUGGAGGGAGAAGGUCAUUGCACUUGUUUAUUGACUGGAGGUCAAUAAACCAUGAUUCAAGUAGUUUCCAGCUCAUACCGUUGUCAACUUUUGCGACACUUUCGGCCUUGCCGAAUUCAAAUGUGCCGCUGGAUCUCUUUGAAUGAGCCGCCUACAUUUGGUGUCCGUGUAGCCAGCCCUUCCUUCCAUUUUGCGAAUGCACCGGCUGACGAAGUUUCGCGAGUAGCCAUUGGCUUUGAAGACCUGUGGGAGGUAUUGUAAUUCGGUAAUCUUGUCUUCCGCCUCACUGCAGUGCGUUUCGACACGCCAAAAAAGCGUCUUUACACGACUGCGUUCAGUACUUGUAUCGUAUUUGUCCCAUCGUAUUGACCCUAGUCUUACUUGGCUUUCAAUCACGCUAACCAAUGGAAUCCAUUUCGCACGCAUUUGAAUAUACCAGCUGGCAUGUUUCAGAGCCGAGACAGGCCUACUGGUAACUGGCAUUCAUAUUAAACGCGAAAAGGGUGUCUGUUUGCUGGUAGAUGCUAAAAUGAAUGAAGAGACGAUCCUUGUUUUGACAAAGUAUCCAUCACUGAAUUUGCCCUAACGGUUUGCUCUGAAUACAAAUUUAAACAAUAGGUCAGAUCUAACUAAGCACUAUUUCCUGGCAGAGAGAUCAAACGGCCUUCCAUCUCAGUGCACGGUGCUUAUGCAAAGUGUUUUUAACCUGACAAUCCGCCUCCUUUAAACGGGCUUUCUGCGUUACCCAAUGCGUUAGAUUAAUCUGCGUUGACUGCAAUAUUUCCGCACCAGAAGAGUCAGCCUUAAUACGCCUGGAUGAUUUUGUUAGGGCGAAGUCAGCUCUCUAAAAUGCUGCAGUUUGAGAUCGUAUUCUGAGGAAGUGUGCCUUUCGCAUGUUCAUCAUUUCUCUGUAGGACUACCUCGAAACAGUCCUGGUCGAUGCUUUCAGGGGGAAUUUUCGAAUGUGUAAGUGUAGCAUACAGGCCAGGAGUUUAUAUCCCAUAAUUGACAAGGUAAGUUUACUAAAAGCAUUAGAAAGAGAGGUGCAUAAUAUUCGCUAGUAAUGCGUAAAUUGCAUUGUGAGAAAGUAUCUGUUUGCGCCGUCCUCAAGGUCGGCUUGUGAAUCAUGAGCCGUGGUGCUUUUGGAGCAAAUCAUUGCUGUUUACGGGCAUAUCAUAAUAAUACGAAGAAAGCAUACUGACAGGAAGCAUGCCCCUUUAAUAAGUUCUGAAUUACGGGUAAGGGGCAGCCUUUUUGGGCACCCUUCAUCGAAAUUUCAUCGCAGCCCAGUUCAAAACAACCUGUUUCCCUAGCUGUUUGUGUUUCGCAUUAGCAACAAGGAGGUUUUGUGGCGAAUCAAAUCUGUCUCUCUUCUGACGUUUGUACCAGUCGAAGAACAGAUUCGUAAGCGCAAAUGGAGUCUGUCUGUCCGGCGUCUGCUGUGUUGGAAGUGACUCCAGGUCCCAGGAAUGCAAGAUGUGUGCUGGUGAGAAAUUAAGAAGACCGAUUGUGGACAAGGUCGGCCGGCGAGAUAUAUGGUCUCAAGUUGACCAAUUUCACCGAUAAUUCUUUACCCAUUUUGACACAUAUCAUUUGAGCAUGGCUAAAAAUGUUUUGCUCAGUAUCCUUCGAUCUUUCAUCAGUAGUUGCCAAAAAAUAAGAAUUGCGUAAAUUAAUUUAUAGGCUAUUACGUAGCAGACUUUGAUGGCAAUCAUGAAAAGUACUUUAGUCAUUCUUCUGUCGUAUCGCACCGAAGUCUCCUUUGCCAAAGUUGAAUUCCCAAGUGCCUUAUAGGUGACCCAAUUGUUGGUCAAAGCAGCGAUGAAGGAAGUGCAGAUGCAAUUGUGCUGACGCAGUCUGUAGGGCGAAUUCCUCCCAACGGCCUGCUGCAGGAAACCCCGAGGGCUCGAAAAUCGAACUCAGGUUAGUACACGUGUGAGACUCUGGUCGAUAAUGUGCGAAAUGUGAACGUAUAAGGGGAUCUGGGGAAUCGUGCGUUCGACGUUCCGGAGGCCUCGGCCGGCUCUCUAAUAUAAAGAAGUUUUGCGUGAAAAUCGAUCAAAAUCUUGAAUUAACGGCCAAAUUAUUUAACCUAUCGAAAAUCGAUGGAGACUAUGCAUACAUUAACAAAAAUUAUUUUACACAGGGUGAAUUUUUUUCAGGUGGGUUGCAAGGAAGUACAUUCAACCAUCAAUACCCUUACGUGUCCGAAAUAUCACGGAAUUUUACCGUAAAUUAAGCGCUAUUGCAACUCCGAUCAGGUAGGUCUUCCUGAUAGAAACUUCAUUUCAGUAUUUCGGUUACGAUUUCAUGAGUAUAGUCACCAACUCGUGAAGGACAUAAAAUGGCGAUUUGCGCUGGAAAAGUGCGAAAAAAGAACAUUCUUUUUUAUCGCCUGCCAUCAGCAAGCAGGCAAUGCGUGUAAACCCACUACCCAUACCACGAGAACUGUUAGAAUAUUUGACUGUGAGCAAGAGAGAACAUCGUAUUUGGGGUUGAUCGCUAUCACUUCAUCUUUAAAUAUACGGAUUAUAUAUAUAUGUAAAUGUUUUCGGGCGCGAAGCGUUUGAGUUAGCACGACGUUGGGAAACCUUUACCCUUAGCAGGUCAUCUACGCAAGCACAAAUCCAAUUCCCCCACAGAUGCCUUGACAAUCACAUGCUUCCAAAGAGCUUGUCUUACAAGCCACCGGUAAACACACGCCUGGCGAAUAUGUCCGAGCGCUCCUUCAGGACUGUCGUCAACUGCGGAAAUAUAGAGGGGUUCUGAGCCAAGCGAUCGCUAAAUGCUCUAAACUCAUCGGCGAAGACGGAACUAUGCUGUUGCAGCAGGCGAUUGAUAAACGGGCCAGGGAACUACGAGCAAAACGGAAUAUCAAGCUGGCAGAUAAACUUCGAAAUAUUAGCCACUCGUUCCAGAAGGAGAACGACGUCCUAGUCCACAAUCUAUCCUCCAAUGAGCCGACUACUGCUGGGUCACGAGGCCUGCUUCAAUACCACAGACGUCGAUCCGCUCAACCUCGUGACAACAGUAGAAUCAAUUCUCAAACAAACCGAGGAAUCCGCGAAACAAAACACCUUGUUCGGCAACAGGUAACCGCCUUGGUGAUGACGCACAAACCACGCGCAAAUAUCACCAGAGCAAAACAGGAUGCCCCCAAGAAACCGAGGGCCGACACGAGCAUUGUGGUGCUGCCAGCAGACAAAAGCUGCUCUACACUUGUCUUGGACAAGACUUCAAACAUACUGUAAUGACGACGACGGGAGAAGGGACGAAAUGAAAUAUCUACAUUCCCUGUUCAAAGCCAAUGGUUACUCACGAUCUUCCAUAAGUGGGCGCCGAAGAGGGUGUAACCGCGAACGCUCUAGAGAUGAAAAACCGAAGUUCCGGCACUUAAGCCCCUACAUGAGGACUGUUUAUGAGACGACAGCAAGAAUCCUGAGCCCUUUUAGGAUUGGGAUGGCCCAUAAACGGGAAUCCACUCUCAGGCAGCAGAUAAUGAGGCCAAAAAACCAAUCAAUCAGCAGUGGUCUACAGCAUACCUUGCCAAGAUUGCAUUGCAAGGUAUGUUGGUGAAACGGGCAAACGUCUCUGCACAAGAUUGCACAAGCACCAGCUUGCAGUCAACCACGAGGAUAAGCUGUCUUUGGUAUAUGGCCACAUAUAACAGGAAAAACACAGCGUCGGCUUUGGGAAGGCAAGCGUCAUAGUCCGAGCCAGUGAAACGAUGGCCAGACUGGUUGUUGUAUCCAGCUAAUCAACGCUUGGAAUUCUCCACACCCCGCUCUCAAGUGCUUCCACAUUUGGCCCCCUGUUGACAUUCCCCUUCCCAUUUUUAUAACCCUUUUCGAGCGUUAUCGGCGUUCUUUCAACUAACUAGGUUUGUAUUCUGACCUUGAGCUGGAAAUUCGUUUUGCUCGAAAAGUAACAAAGGAAUUCUUUGUCUUGGGUAUCCAUUGUUGAGUUUUGUACGUUUUUCAUUAUUACCUUAUUCUAUCAAUAGUAGCGUACAUACAGCGAACUCUGUUUUUGCCUAUACGCGUCACUCGUCUGACAAGGAAUUCUACAAUACCUAACAGCGUACCAUAUAUUGGAGACACGUUCCAUGAAGAAUGAAUCGGACGGUACGGAACAGUCUAUCGGACUAGACAAACCCGGUGUCUUCGAAGGACUAGGAGAGCUGAAGAAAGACGUCUAGUCCGGCUCUUGUAAGAACGUUUCUAUUGGUAGUUGUAGUUCCAGUAAAACAGUUGAAGCCUUAAGAAUAGACGAAAUAGAAGAGAAGUGAUUUAAACGUGAGGUCGAACUCCAACAGGCUCUUUUGACGCCGAGAGAAGUACAGAGCUUGCAAGGAUAGAUGUCGAGACCGAUGCUUAGAUAUCCGAUGACGACCGUUAACCCGUGAAUUCCGUCGCGCAUGCCUCAGGAUAUUUGAAACAAUACACAUUGGAUGAAAUUUCUCCUGAAGAGAGUAAUCAUUGCCCACGUGGAAAUGUUUAUAUGUCCAAAUCAAGCGCCAGCUGCCAGUUUACAACUGCCCAACGUUGAGCUGUCCUGGUUUGACGGGAAUCAAGUUCAUUAUUGGAAGUUUAUACGACAGUUUGAAGUGUACGUAGAGAUCGAAGUUUAAGAUGCUGGACAGAGGCUGCUGUACUUGAUUCAUUGUUGCAGAGGUGAUGCGAGAGCGACCAUAGAAGAGUGCGUAAUGCUUCCAUCACCUUCGGUUUAUUUACCUUCCGCACGGGAAAUAUUGAGCAGCUUAUAUGGCCAGCCACAUGUAGUGGCUAAUGCUCUUCUGGACGGUGUUUUGAGGCAGGCACACCAAGUAAACCAGACUGCAGGGGACUUGCCGAUUCGUACAUAAUAGGAGAACUUGUGAAAUAGCUCUCACGUAAAUUAACUACGUGUCUGACCUACAAUCGCUGAUUCAAUGGGCUGAAGUUGCUGACAAAAUAUAAAUGAAUGGUAGAGAUCCGGAUUUUGCAGACCUCACAUAAUUCGUAAGUACUCGAGCUGAGAGAGCAAAAAGUCGUUUCGGACAAAUAUCUUGAGAUGGGGAUGGCAAGCGCUCUCAACAACCAUUUACAGCCACAGCCCAACAUCAAAAACGGAAAAAGCCUAACAAUUUUGUCAUUGCGAGUGUCGAACCAGAUCUACGGCCAUGUUAUACAAGUUCCAAUGCACAGAAAUUGGUAAACUGCCCACGUUUAAUUUCAAUGGGUGUCGCAGAUCAAUGGAAUUGUCUGCGGCAACACAAAUUAUGUUUUGUUUGUCUUGGUAAUACUCAUUUUGCCAAGUUGUGCAGCUCCAGAGAACUUUGUGGUCAUUCCGAGUGCAAAAAACGACAUCAUAAGAUUUAGCAUGUAAUAUCCUCGGAAAAUAAUCAAUAAAUAUUACAUGAUGAAGGGCUUUGUGCCCUGACUAGAAUUACGCAUGUACGAUCACGACUGGGGGUUAUUUCUGUCAAGUAGGCAACUCCGACAGGAAACGUCGAAACAUACGCAUUUUUGGACAGUGACUCGGAUGUCACUCUGGUUGAACGAAAGCUUAUCGUAAGAAGUGGACUGUUAACAACGCCAAGAACAUUGACAAUAAACACUUUAAUCGGUUCAAUCAAAUGCAACUCAGAAGUCAGAAGUCUAAGAGUACUGUCCAUGGAUGGAAUCGAGUCAGUUGAGAAUGAAAGGGUUUUGGUGGUCGAAGACUUUUCACCUCGUACAAAAUCAACAAUUAAAAGGAUAGCUUCUUCGUGGCCACACCCAAGCGGUAUAAUGUUCGACGAGCUCACUGAUUGCGAGGUUGGCAUACUCAUUGGGAAUGAUAUCGCGAAAGCUCAUUGGGUAAUCGACCAACGUCUGGGUGGCAAAAGGGAGCCGUUUGCCGUUAAAACACUGCUGUGCUGGAUGCCGCUUGUGUCUUCACGUGGAAGGCACAAAGAGAACGAUGUCUGUCACUGCACUGUAAAUCAAGAAACGAAUCUGACGCACAACAUUAAGAAGCUAUAGGCGUUUUCGACACUUCAACAACGACUGCGAGUCACUCAUUCGAGGUCAAACGGGCACUGGCUGUUGUGUGAUCUUACGUUAAAUCAUAAAAGGGCAUUACCAACUGCCACUCCCUUGACGAAACAGUUCGCCGAAUUGACCGGACAAUUUCCAGUUGGCGCGUAAACGACUAAUCUAUCUCAAUAAUAAAUUGGGUCGAGAUCCUGAAUUACAUCGGAAAUAUGAGCAAACAUUCCGUUCGUACAUAGAGAAGGGAUACAUCGAGGGACUUGACAACAACAAAGCGUUUCAAGUUACGAGACACUGGUAUUUACCACACCACUCCAGUGUUAAUCCCCGAAAACCAGAAAAAACUUCGUGUUGUAUUUGACUGUGCGGUCAAUUGUCAGGGCGUGUCUCUGAAUGAAAAUCUAUACCAAGGACAUGACCUAAACGCUAAUUUAGUAAGUGUGUUUUUGUUUUUAUGACUUGUGCGUAUUGCAGUGCCAGGGGAUAUAAAGGAAAUGUUCCCGCAAGUGAAAGUGGACCCGAUUGAUGGACCUACUCUGAAAUGUUUGUGGUGGGAAAAUGACGAGCUUGAAGGAAAACGUUGAAUUUAAGUGGACAUCUCACACAUUCGGAUUGACUUCUUCGUCAUUUGUGACACUUUUGCGUUACAAAAAAAUGUUGAAGAUUUCGGUCCAUCUUACUCUUCAUCAACUUGCAGAGCGAUUCACCAGAGUAUGUGCGUUGAUGAUUGUCUAGUCUCCUUAUGUGAUGUCGAUUCCACCAAACGUUUUGUGAACGAAAUUGCUAAACGUCUCUAUCAAGGCCGCCUUCGUACGUAGAACUGGGUUUCUAAUGACCGGUGUAUACUCUCGGUCGUUAGUGCGACUGAACGUUCUUCUGUUAUGCGAGAUAUUGCUGUCAACCCCAUACCUACUGAACGAACUUUGGGGUUGCAGCGGGACACGCAUUCCGAUAUUCUGACGAUAAGUUUCAAUACGUCCGCAAAACUGUCCACUCGUAGGGCUAUUUUUUCUUGCUUGUCCUCUCUUUAUGACCCUCUGGGUUUCGUCUUGCCUUGGCUGAUACCAGGAAAGUGUUUACUACAAUGCUUGUGCAAAAACGGAAUAAAUUGAGGUAAACAACUAUCUGGCAUCGAGAGUUCUCUAUGGAAAACUAUAUCUCUAAUUUACGGAGCCCGAAGACUUUUCAGCUGGGCCGAGGUCUAAAGCCCAAAGAUAUUAGCUAUCCGAUGCGAGCCGAACUGCACGUGUUUUGUGAUACCUCGGAAGAAGCAUACAAUGCAGUAGCAUAUGCUCGCUUUAUUAACGAAAGGAAAUCUACAUUGUUCACUCAUUUAUUCGAACGCACGUGUUGCCCCCUCAAAGCCGUCUCUAUACCACGUUUAGAGUUGGCAGCUGCUACUCUGGCUGUGCGCGUGGCUGAUCUCUUCCGCUCAAGCACCGAUAGGUACUUCCAAACAAUUACGUUCUGGACCGAUUCUAUGAUAGUCCUUUAUUAUAUACACAAUCAAUCAGUCAGGUUCUGCACAUUCGCAGCCAACCGACUGACAGUUAUACAUGAUCUGUCUGCGACCUCUCAGUGGAGAUACGUGAGUUCGGAAGUCAACCGAAUAGACAUUGCUUCCCGAGGUACGUUCAACUUUAUGCUGAUACGAAGACGCCUGGACGGUCCGAAAUUUUUAGUUCGACCUGGAAACGAAUAACUCGUACAACCUUCAGCAGGACCACCCGAAGACUUGGAAUUCAAAAGGACAACAGCACAAGUUUAUGUAUUACAUCGAUGUGAUGGUUUAGACGAAUUAUUAAUGCAUUUUUCAAGUUGGACAAGGCUACAAUGGGCUGUGGUCUGGCUCCUGCGUUUCAAGCAGUACGUCUGAGUCACCACUGGCAAGACACCUCAGGAGACGCUGAUUUUGUGUUUUAUCCGAGUAUCCAAAAUGCGCCAAGCUAGCAUUAGCUUGAUAAAGCCUAAACAAAGGAAGCACCUUUCGAAAGAAUUGCAUAUUCUGAAUUCUACACCAGUAGAUUACCAGAAAAGAAAUUCCGUGAGAAACAUUGGCCUGAGAGAGUUAUGUCCGGUUUUGAUUGAAGGAGUAAUGUGCGUUGGUGGUCGCCUUAACUAGUCAAAUUUUUGUGAAUCGUUAAAACACCCGUCAAUCCUCCGAUACAAUCAUCCAGUGACGGAAUUAAUCAUACAUUACUUUCAUGAAUUGGAAGGCCAUUGUGGGACUGCCCAAGUUCUAGGUGCAAUCUGUCAAAAAUUCUGGAUUCUAAAAGGAACUGCUUCUGUCAAACGUGUCAUCGGUAGACGUUUACUUUGCCGAAGAAAAUUUCGAAAAAUUUAGGGACAGAUGAUGUCUCUGCUUCCCCUAAAUAGAAAAAAAUUCGGCUGUUAUCCGCUUAAGUGUGUUAGGGUGGAAAAAUUUGGUCCUUUGAUGGUCAAACGCGGACGAUCUCCGGAGAAACGCUGUUGUUGUUUAUUUAGCUGCUUACAGACGAGAGCCGUACAUCUUGAAAUUGCCGCCAACCUGACCACGAAUUCUUUUGUUCAGUGUCUGAGGAGAUUCGUGAGUAGACGCGGACGUCCCACUGACAUCUACAGUGACAACAGAACCAAUUUUGUUGGCGCGGUAGCAGAACUCCGAAAAGACCAAAGAAGGGUGUCGGAACAACUUCUAACUCCAUAGAUACAGUGGGUUUUUAACCCACCCACUGCCAGCCAUCGAAAAGACAUCUGAGAACGAAUGAUCAGGUCUCUACAACGGAUUCUUUUUGCUCUCUGUAAGGAGCAGUCCCUAACUGACGAACAGCUCGGCACCCGCUUCGUGCAGGCUGAACGUAUAUUAAAUAAUAGACCGCUUGUCCCGCUAACAUCAGACAGAAACCAGUCGGAAGCGCUUACACUGAAUAUCUUAUUUUUGAUGAGGAACUGUCCAGUGCUGCCGUGCGGUAACGAAUUGGUGGCACGGUAACCUGUUAGAUGGAAACAAGCGCACUAACUCGCUGGCGUGUUCUAUAGACGAUGAGUAAAAGAAUAUCUCCCAUGUCUGCAGAAAAGAACAAAAUGGACAAGAGAAGCCGUGGGACUGAAACCAAAUGAUAAUUUUUAGUUUCUGGGAAGCGCGCACCUCGUGAGAAUUGGCCUUUGGGAGUAAUAGAUACGUGCAAAAGAAGUCGCGACGGCCUCGAGAGGACGGUGUAUAUUAGAACGGCGGGCGGUCUCCUAAUGAAGUACGUUAGAAAGAUUUGUCUACUUGAGGUUCAGAGCAGCCGUAUACCUCCAAACACCUAGAUCGUUCUUAAGAGCCGGACGCGGAGAAUUGGCGGGCGUUACUGUAUCCAGCUGGUCAACGCUUGGAAUUCUUCACGCUCCCCCUCAAGUGCUUCCAAGUUUGGCCCCCUGUUGACAUUCCCCUUCCCCAUUUCUAUAACCAUUUUCGAGCGUGAUCGGCGUUCUUUUAGUUAUCUAGUUUUGUAUUCUAACCUUGAGCUGGAAAUUCUUUUGUCUCGAACAGUAAUAAAGGAAUUCUUUGUCUAGGCUAUCCAUUGUUGAGGUUUGUACGUUUUUCAUUAUUAACUUAGUCUAUCAAUAGUAGCGUAUAGACACCGAAAUGUGUUUUGGCCUAUACGCGUCACCUGGCUGACAAGGUAUUCUACACUGAUUCUCGAAUGUUGGUCCUCAGAUGAGACCAGCAACAGAGCCAUUGGCCUUCAUCCGGCCUAUCAGGCGCUUCGUACGAGGCUCCAGUCAGUUCGGAGGGGGCCGACAGCACUGGCGAACAAAUCGCGGCUCUCUCAACAGUUGUCAACUUCACGGCAGGGGGGAGAGCCAGCCGGGGUCAGACAACCGACGCGAGACAUCGACCCACCGACGCGCCCAAAAAAUCGAUCGUGAUUCCCACAUGGAAGGGCAGCUGA